GCCAGUUCCGGCAGCGGCGGCUGGCCCAUGAGCGUGUGGCUCACCCCCGACCUGCUGCCCGUCUACGGCGGCACCUACUACCCGCCCGAGGACCACGAGUCCGGCAUGCCCGGCUUCCGCACGCUGCUCAAGGUGCUGCAGACGCAGGUGCCGCCCGAGUGCGCCGAGCGCUGCCUGCGCGCCUUCGCCCACGAGUUCGAGGCCGAGUUCGGCGGCUUCGGCUACGCGCCCAAGUUCCCGCAGGCGCCCGUGCUCGACUUUCUGCUGCACGAGUACGCGCGCGCCCCGGCCUCCGACGCCGGGCGGCGCGCGCUCGCCAUGUUAUAA